CUUAAGUGAAUAUUUCAGAUGGGUCGUUUUCCUCCAUUACUGCACACGGCCAGGUGGGCAAAAACCGUCCUCUUGUCAGGCAUUCACAGUUAGUUCUACUCCUCCUACAUUUAUUUCGACUGCCCACCUCAUCCUCCAAGCUUCGGACUUGCAAGAGUCACACUUGAGGAGAAGCCAGGCAAUGUAUAAGGAGAAGACAUCUCUAGCCUCCUCGAUGGAAUCAAGAAACAUGGGUAUUGCAGUCCCGUUAGGCAUGCUGAUGCUGAUGCUGUUGCUCGGCUUGUCGAGUUCAGACUCGGCCCAGGACAGAGCAGAGUGUACUGAUCAACUGGUGGGUCUCGCCACGUGCCUUCCUUACGUCGGCGGUGACGCGGCAGCUCCAACACCAGAUUGUUGCUCUGGGAUGAGACUGGUCCUCCGAAAGAGCUUGAAAUGCCUUUGCAUUCUUGUCAAGGACAGGAACGAUCCCAGUCUUGGGCUCAAGGUCAACACCACCCUUGCACUCAGCCUUCCCGCCUCUUGCCAUGCGCCUGUCAACGUUUCUCAGUGCACUGAACUUCUGCACCUCGCUCCGAACUCUACAGAUGCUGAGGUGUUUGACGGAUUUGAGAAAAGCCUUGAGAAGAGAAAUAGCACCUCUCUCUCUAAUGAGGGGAAUUCCACUGAUGGUACGGCAGGAUCAAGCGCUCAAAUAAAGAGUAAUAGCAGUGAGAGAUCAAGAAAACCGUGGUUGGCCACCUCAACUGUUGUUUCCAUAGUUCUUCUUCAGACCUUCGCCGGACUUCAUCUUCGCUUCAUAUCCAUGUAGAAGAGUUAGUGGCUUGACAUAAUUCAGCAAACCACAGUGAUGCAGGUCUAUCAAACUUGCACUCUGCCUGAUGUAUCUCCCUUGUAAAUGUCCGACUCAGAGUCUUCCGGUGAGCGGCCAAGCUUCAAGCACCGACCUAAGAUAUAGGUAAGGUACAAUAUGGUCAAGUUACAAUAUGAUCAUCGAUAUGGACACGACGAAGUCAAUGGCUUAGAUAAGUUUGCUAGAACUUGCUUGGUAGACUCUUCUUUGCCUUCUAAAUAUGACCACUACAUAUGAAGUUGUUCGAUUGACC